AUGUCUGACGUUCUCCUAAGUGAACAACAACAACUAAACAAUAAAAAUCAUAGUUCUACUCUAAUAGAAGGUACAAUAACAAAUGAAUCUAUUGGUGAAUCUAUUGGUGAUAUUAAAGUUGGUGAUUCUUUUUCUAUAUGGGAGGAUGCAGAAAUAAAGCUUAAUCAAUAUGCGAAGUUUGCUGGGUUCUCUUUAAGAAGAAAGCGUGUUGAAGCUGAUAAAGAUGGAGUUGUAUGGUGUAGAACAUUUGAAUGUAGCUUUUCUGGUAAACCAGUUUCUAAUCAAGUUAUUGAUAUAACUCAUCAACGAGAAAGAGCAUCUAAAAAAAUUAUGUGUCCUUAG